UUCGCGAAACUAUGCGGUCGCCGUACGAAGAUAGUGCUGCCGUGUCUACGGAUAACAAGUAUCACACCAGCUACAGCUAUAAUAGCCACACGAAUAAUAAUAACAAUAAUUACCAUAAAAACUUUAAUGGCAACGGCAAUGGGAUACCCUAUCACGCGCGCGAAAAUUCAUUGCCCUUUAGCUAUGGCAAUGCCAAAACGGCGACGCCGCUGCGCAAAACGCCAACGCCAACGCGCGCCGAUAGUUUUCUCGACUUUGAUUUUGGCUUAAGCAGCAAUAGCAACAGCAGCAACAAUUAUAACAAUAAUAAUAUUAAUAAUAAUAACGAUAGUGGUAGUGGGAGUGAUAUGAUAAAGCCGCAGCCACGUUUAACGAGCCCUCUGCUGGUGCGCAAAACACUCGGCAGCCGUGUGAAUGCAAAUGGCAACACGAAUGGCUUGAAAAUGAAUACGAGUACGAAUACGAAUACGAAUACCAUAUCGAAUACCUAUCAUUAUGGGUCAGCGGCGAGUGUGACACCGCCGCGCGUCGACUUCGAGCAGCAGCUGCGCGAGCGGCGCGACAAAGUCUACAACGAGUAUCGAGAACGUGAAAAGGAGCGUGAAUUGGAACGUGAAUUGGAACGUGCUGCGGCACGUGUGCCGCCCACGCCUCCGCUGCGACGCCAAAGCAACGGGCUGAGUCACAGUAAAUACAAUUAUGAUUUUGAGUUCAAUUUAAAUUUGGAUGAUAUCAACGAGCGCAGCUCGCUGCCAGCGCCAGCCCCAGCGCCAUAUAAUACACGGAAUAUAGUGUAUCGGCAGGAUAUGGAUGUGCCGGAUGGUGCGAUCAGUGGCAACAGUAGGCGCUUGGAGUCCACAAUUGUGGAACGCAAUUAUCACACAAUUAACAGAAGCAGCCACAACAACAACAGCAGCAGCAGCAGCAGCAGCAACAACCACUACCACAGCUUGGAACGACCUCCAAUGGAAGUGACAUACAAACAGCUAGUGGAGCCACAGAUGGAGCAGCAGGCGCACAUUUAUGGCCAGAACCAGCUGCAUCUGGAGACGCACACGCGAAACCGUCGCGAUUUGUCGCCCAUUUAUGCCAUCAGCACAAAACGCAACACGGCUGCAGCUGCUCCAAAUAGCAAUGGACAGCAGCAGGCGGAUUACCUGUUAACACCCAGUCCCACUAGCCGGCCAGAGACGCCCGCUUUUCCGGUCACGCCACGCACACCGUUCGGCAGCAGCACCUUGCAGCGCGCCUCGCCCACCACCGAGUCCAUAUACCAGACGAUGGCCUCUGCCCGGCAGCGUCUCAACUCAGCGCCGUCGCCCACCUUUGAGGUGGCGGCGGAUUUGGUGAAAUUUGCACGCAACUCGGCCAAAUUCUGGUACAAGCCCAUGCUCUCCCGGGAGGAUGCCAUUGCGCUGCUGAUGAAUGCACCGCCGGGCACAUUCCUGGUGCGUGAUUCGACCACCUAUGCGAAUGCCUACGGUUUGGUCUUGCGCGUGGCCCAGCCGCCGGCGGGCAGCCAUGAGCUGGUGCGUCAUUUUCUCAUCGAGCCCACGCAGCGUGGCGUCCAUUUGAAGGGCUGCGACAAUGAGCCCACGUUUACCUCGCUCUCGGCAUUGAUCUAUGAGCAUUCCAUUAACAAGCUGGCGUUGCCUUGCCUGCUGCUCAUACCCGAGGCGGAUGUGGUGCCCGGACUGGCGUCCACAACGGCGGCACAGCAGCAGCUGCUCACCCACGGUGCGGCAACCAAUGUGCUGUGGCUCUACAGCUGCGAUACGGAAUCCCUAACCGGUAACGAAGCCAUACGCAAGGCCAUACGGCUCAUGUACGCACAGAAGCCGCUGCCGACGCCCACCGAGGUGCACUUCAAGGUCUCCGGCCAGGGCAUCACGCUGACGGACAACACACGCAAGAAGUUCUUCCGGAAACACUAUACGGCCGAUGUGAUCUCUCACUGUGCCAUCGACCCGGAGAACCGUAUGUGGAGCAACAAUCCCAACGAAUCCGACAAGAAGACCAUCUUCGCCUUUGUGGCACGCAGAUCGCACAGCUCCAAGGAUAACCAGUGUCACGUCUUCUGCGAUCUAUCUGUCGCCCAGCCCGCGGCGGCCAUUGUCUCCUUUGCCAAUCGCACGCUGCCCACCGAGAAGCAGCGCAACUAUGUGCUUUGAGGAGCGGCCGGACAUGGAAUGCGCCACCGAAAGGCACCGAAGGCGACUUACCGUUAAGUCUGUACAGUGUUGUACAGCGCACAUAAAUUGCAAAUGUCACGAGCAUUACACGAAGCAACAGCAAAUAAAAUAUAACAACAAAUAUAUUAACAAUAUGAUGUCACUUACACACACACACACACACACUUAAGUUGACUAGGCGCACAAUGGAGCAAAUCACAGUGCAUAUACAAACAUAUAUAUAAAAUAAAUUUGUAUGGGUAGAAAAAAUAGUUUCGUUCUAAAAAUCAAAAAGUAUAUACAGUACGCCCUCGCUCAACUCGACCUCUGAAAAUUGGACCAAUUGCGUGGCUGUUGCCUUAAAAUGCCUUUUAUUCACAAGAAUCUUGAAGUAAUUAGAAUAAAUCUGUGUGUACAAUAAUAAUUUCAUUUUAUUUAAUUUAUGUUUGGAAAAAGGUAAGUUUCUUACAAAGGUAAUUUUCUUACAGAGUUAACUUUCUUACCGAGGUAAUUUUCUACAUUUUCUAACAGAGUCCAAAAUGUUAAGAAUUCGAGUGUUGCGUGUAUUAGGGUUUGCGUAGAGCGAGUACGUACUGUAUUUUUUCCGGGUCUUUAUCACAGAUCUAUUAUGCUUAUAUAACUAAAAAUUAUGUUUUAUUGGCUAAGAAUAAAUAUCAAUAAAAUUGUACUUGUAUCUUGAAACCUAAGCAAGUCAAAUUGUACAGAAAAUAAUCGAAGCAAUCUAUCAGCAAAUGAUAUUUAGUUAGCUUAAGCUUCAUUAUUAUUUUUAUAAUAAUAUUCUACAAUUUCUACAAGCCAAGAUUGUUUUUUGUGCUUUGUUCAAGCGCUUUUGCUUCACCGUGCUCAGAUUUAAACGAAUUAAGAUACCUGAAACAAAUAAUAUGCUAUGUGUGCAUAAUUUGUAUGUCUGUUUAUAUAAUGUAAGUUUAAAGGCUAAAAUAUGCCACACGAAAGCUAAUUUAUCUAAUAUGUAUCUGUAAAUGUUCGAUACAAAUAAUAUUAAUUUUAGAAACAGGCGCGAAACGUAAUAAAUGUUAAUUUAAUUCACAAUUUUCGACAAAUAAAUAAAUAAUAAUAAUACAAAAUUAAAUAUUGCAAACGCUAAACAAGUUUGCCAUAUAAUUUAUAUCCUUACGUAAUAUGUGUAAGUAAAUGCGUAUAGAAAUCGUUAAUAAAUACGUGUUUGGAAUUAAGAUCUACUAAUUGAGUCAAUAUAAAUAAAGUGCAAUGAUGUUGAAGAUGAAUAUCGCUAACAAAAUCAAAUGUAUUUCUUAUUUGAGAAUUUUUUAAGCCGGCA